AUGACUGGUUUUAACCUGGUUCCCGAUCACCCUGUUGCCUCGAGGUUUGUCCAGGAACUGAAGGAUGCUUUGGGUCAGAAAGACUCGGAAAGAGUGAGCUUCCUCCUCCAGCAGCGGGCUCACUGUGUCAACGCCAUCAUCGAGCUCUCCAAUGAUGACUGGAUGAAAGAUCCAUCUCGCCGUGGCCCAGAGACAUUCCACCACGCCCUGGUGGUGGGAGAUCUGGCGCUGAUCCGAGCAAUGGUCAGCGAGUAUCACGAAGAUGUGAACUUGCUCUUCGACAUCUGCCAUGAUGAAAUGGAGUGGCAGGCCAAACCCUUGGCAAUGGGCAUCUCAGGACUCUGGUCUCUGGAGUACAAACGAGAGCUGAGCAGCCCCCUGUGCAUCGCGGCCAGUCAUGGCUACACCAACUGCCUGCAGUACCUGCUCCAGUGCGGGGCCAAGCCCAAUCUGAUUCCAGGAAACAGGAGUGCCCUGCACACAGCCUGCACCAAUGGCCACACCGACUGCGCAGAACUGCUGCUGAAGUACGGCGCCAACCCUAGGCUGCUGACCGAGGAGGGAAUGACCAGCCUGCACCUCUGCAACACCCACCCUACCUAUCGGUGUGCAAAAUUACUCCUGACGUUCCGUGCAGAUGUCAACCAGUUGACCGAAGGGGACCGUGAGACCCCUUUGCAUGUGGCAGCCAAGCAUGGCCUUCACAAUCAUGCCCACCUCUAUCUAAGAUACGGGGCCACUGUGGAUGCAAUGAAUGUCGACUGGGUUUCUCCACUGAGCAGCGCCUGUGCCAGCGCGGUGGAAGCAGAGAAACAGAAUGACUAUCUCCAAGUGUGCAAGAUCCUCAUUGCAUACGGUGCCAGCAUGAACUCCGUGGACAAUGAGAAUAGGACCCCACUGCACAAGGCCUCCAGAAACGCCAGCCUCCAGCUGGUCCAGAUGCUGCUGAAGAAUGGAGCAGAUGCAAACCCCAUCGACUACAACGGGUCCUCACCCUUAGCCAAUGCAAUACAGACUGCGCCUUUUAAGGAAGAGCUUGAUCCCCAUUGCACCGUACAAGCCUUACUCAAUCACGGAUCCCACAGGGUGUGGCCAGCGGCCUUUCUGAAGGUGUUGAAAUGUUGUGCUGCUUCUCCCAAGACCGUCGAAGUCUUGUUUAACUCCUAUCAACACAUUCAGGUCACAGAGGAGUGGAUAGAAGCUAUACCUGACGAAAUAUUUCAGAUGCAUCGGCCAUUCUACGAGUCCCUCUUUGCUUUAACUUCUGCUCCACGCUCCUUGCAACACCUGUGCCGCUCUGCUGUCCGGAAGCUGUUUGGAAACCAAUGCUCCACUCUCAUUUCCCGGCUAUCGAUCCCAAAAUGUCUGCAUGGAUACCUACUCCUGGAGCCAGAAGGUGUGAUAUAUUAAUCCCUUGCUCACAUUCUCUCAUCUUCCCAUUCCCUGAAAAACAAAUAUUGCAUGAAGUUUAAAGACCUUGUGGAAUCUGCAACCCUGUACAAUUAUUUCAUCAGAUAAGACUUGCGGUGUCUGGACCUUGAAGAUUAUGGGGUGCUCAUAUAUAAGAGUGUCCAGUGAUAAUAGGAAAAGUGUUGAUGGAAAGCAAUUAUUUCCUCCAGUGGCUGAAUUCAGAAAUUAAACUUUGGGACAAAUAUGUGUGUGUGAGAGGUAUCUCCUAAGUUCUGCCUCGUAUCUGGCAUAGGAUGUUCGCUCUGCUCACUUGCCGGAAAGGGGCUAGCUUUGUGUCACUUUAACAAACAUGAUUGAACUGCGUUAAACAACAGUGAAGUAGAUGGGAAUCUAAGUAGUGAAUGGAUUGUAUGCAAUAUGCGCAUCUUUCUGUAAUCACGCAUGUGCGUUAUGAUCAAUCAAGACAUCAGUAUUAAAAGUAAUUUCUAAGCGUGUACUUUU